UGCGUGGCAGUGUCGCAGCCUGGCUGCCGAGUUUCACCCCUGCCUAAGGAUGGUGGUGCCAGCUGGUCACCCUUAAGUAAAGAUUAAUGAAAAACGGACUCUGAUGGCUUCCACACCUGCUUCGCAGCCUUCUGAAAAAACAGUGGCCUCUCACGUCCCUUUCGCAGAUCUGUGUUCUACUCUGGAGCGAAUACAGACGUGUAAAUCUCGCCCGGAGAAAACCAAGUAUUUCAAGGAAUUCCUGGAUUCCUGGAGAAAAUUCCAUGAUGCCCUUCAUCAAAAAAAGAAAGACGUCACGGAUUCUUUUUAUCCAGCUAUGCGGCUUAUUCUUCCACAGUUGGAAAGAGAAAGGAUGGCGUAUGGAAUUAAAGAAACUAUGCUUGCGAAGCUGUAUAUUGAACUGCUUAACUUACCAAAAGGUGGCAAAGAUGCUGCAAAGCUUUUAAAUUACAGGACACCUGCUGGCUCAUGUGGAGAUGCUGGAGAUUUUGCAAUGGUUGCAUACUUUGUGUUAAAACCCAGGUGCCCAAAACAAGGCAGACUGACAAUAGAACAAGUCAAUGAUCACUUAGAUGCGAUAGCUAAUAAUAAUGCUGCUAAAAACAAGGGUCUGUUAAAGAAAAGUCUUCUUCAGUUAAUUACCCAGAGCACAGCACUGGAACAAAAAUGGCUCAUCCGGAUGAUUAUAAAGGAUCUAAAGCUUGGUGUUAGUCAACAAACUAUAUUUUCCAUUUUUCAUCCUGACGCUGCUGAAUUGCACAACGUCACAACUGAUUUGGAAAAAGUUUGCAGACAACUGCACGAUCCCUCUGUCUCACUCAGUGAUGUUUCCAUCAUGUUGUUUUCUGCCUUUAAACCAAUGCUUGCUGCUAUUGCUGACGUCCAGCAAAUUGAGAAACAAAUGAAUAACCAAAUAUUCUACAUAGAAACUAAGCUGGAUGGUGAACGUAUGCAGAUGCACAAAGAUGGAGACGUGUAUAAAUAUUUUUCCCGAAAUGGGUUCGACUAUACUCAGCAGUUCGGUGCUUCCCCCCUUGACGGUUCAUUAACCCCAUUUAUUCAUAAAGUAUUUAAAAGCAAUGUACAAAAUUGCAUUCUCGAUGGUGAAAUGAUGGCUUACAAUCCGGAGACGCAAACCUUUAUGCAAAAAGGAAACAGAUUUGACAUCAAAAGAAUGGUGGAGGACUCUGAUCUGCAGACGUGCUUCUGUGUGUUCGAUGUAUUGAUGGUUAACGAUCAGAAGUUGGGUCACGAAGUACUAAGCAGAAGAUAUGAAAUCUUAAGUAGUGUAUUUACCCCGGUAACGGGCAGGAUACAUGUUGUGCAUAAAACAAGUGCCAGAACGAGAAAAGAAGUGAUUGAUGCUUUAAAUGAGGCAAUAGAUAACAGAGAGGAAGGGAUUAUGGUGAAAGACCCCACGUCCACCUACAAGCCUGACAAACGUGGGGAAGGCUGGUUAAAAAUCAAGCCGGAAUACGUCAAUGGGCUGAUGGAUGAACUAGACCUUUUAAUUGUUGGUGGUUACUGGGGAAAGGGCUCACGUGGUGGAAUGAUGUCUCAUUUUCUGUGCGCUAUUGCAGAGACGCCUCCUCCAAAUGAAAAACCUACCGUUUUCCACUCUAUUUGUCGUGUUGGCUCUGGCUAUACCAUGAAGGAAUUGUAUGAUUUAGGUUUGAAACUGGCUAAGCACUGGAAGCCCUACCAUAGGAAGGACCCUCCCUGUAACAUUUUGUGUGGAACUGAAAAACCUGAAAUGUACAUUGAACCUUGCAACUCUGUCAUAGUUCAGGUCAAGGCAGCCGAGAUUGUUAGCAGUGACAUGUACAAGACUGACUGUACUUUGAGAUUCCCCCGAAUUGAGAAGAUAAGAGAGGACAAAGAAUGGUACGAGUGCAUGACUUCAGACAUGUUAGAAGAUCUCAGAAGCAAAGCAGAAGGGAAGCUGGCAUCUAAGCACCUUCAUAUAGAUGAGUAUGACGAGCCACAAGAGAAAAAAAGGAAAACUGUGUCAAAGGUGAAGAAGAUAAUUGGGAUAGCUGAGCAAUUUAAAGCUCCUGAUCUUUCUAAUGUAAGCAAGGUUUCAAAUGUAUUUGAAGAUGUUGAGUUUUGUGUUAUGACAGGAAUGGGAAAAUACUCAAAGUCUGAACUGGAGAGCAGAAUAGCCGAAUGCGGUGGCAGCGUGGUACAGAACCCGGGGCCGGAGACUUACUGUGUCAUUGUAGGGGCUGAGAAUGUCAGAGUGAAAAACAUCAUUGCUUCCAACAAAUACGAUGUGGUGAGGGCAGAGUGGCUCCUUCAGUGUUUUCAGACCAAAAUGCUGGUGCCUUGGCAGCCAGCCUGUAUGAUUCACAUGUCUCCUGACACAAAAGAACAUUUUGCUCGUGAGUAUGAUUGUUAUGGAGACAGCUACACAGCAGACACAGAUGUUGCACAACUCAAGGAAGUGUUCUCGAGAAUGAAAGACAAUAAGGUGAUGCCGUUGGACAUGAUCGUAAAGUUAGAAGAACGUUACUCGUGGAACAGUUGUCCGCUCAGUAUAUUCAGAGGAAACACUAUUUACGUGGACUGUUACGCUGUUGUUAAUGAGCCCGGAACCAGAAUCCAUGGAACAACACUAUCAAUUAGAGCUUUGGAGCUCCGUUUUUAUGGUGCAAAAGUAGUCUCUCACCUUGAAGAGGGCAUCUCCCAUGUUGUUAUAGGAGAAGAUCAUUCCCGGCUAAGAGAGGUGAAAGCACUCAGGAGAACAUUUGGGAAAAAAUUUAAAAUCGUAUCUGAGCUGUGGGUAACGGAGUCCGUGGAGGAAGGAGUCCCAAAGAAUGAAAAUCAGUACUUAAUUUAAAGUAGUUUUUAAGCUUGGAGCGAAAGCAUUCUUGUUGGCGUGAUUGGACUUGGAUAUUAAGAGGUUGCCUUAAAUUUUUUCUGUGUUUUCAUGUCUGUUUAAAUCUGGCUCUGGCUGAAGAAUAACACUGUAUCAUUGAAAUCGGAGGAAGGCUUUUAAUUGUACUGUUGCAGAAGCAAGAGGAUGCUAAGCUAUGUCGGAGGAGAAAAAAACCACCACCAGAUAAAUAAUGUAAGCCUUUUGCUUCACAGACAGGUCUCAGGAGGGAUCUAGUAUUUUACAUGAGAAUUCCUAGCUAUUAAUAGUGCUUGCCUCCAUUCUUCAAAAUGGAGACAAUAAUUCAGUAUUUUAUGGAGAUUCUACUGUUUAACGUAUUGCUUAUUUAUUGAUUUACAAUCUGAUUCAUGUUUUUGUAGAAUUGUUUUGGGUGUAUUCCAUAUGCUACAGAACUCAGUAAUUUAUAAAACUUGUCUGUACUAUUUUAAUUUGUUUACAUUGUUUUUAGCAGAGCCCCACACAGCCUCAGUAGCACUUUAGUUUUAGGAUAUUGUAUUGAUUCCAUGUUUCUUUGUAUAAAUAACUAUUAUAAAAUAGAACCUAAACUUCUGAUUGAGGUGCUAAUAAAUUAAUAAUGACCUAUAUACCUGUAAAAUGCAAAUCAAUUACUUAAAAACUGCAAUGACCUCCUGCGCUCAUUACAGUUAAAGCUAAACCGUGAAGCGUGAUAGAGUUAGGCUUUUACGCUUAACUACCAGUUUUGUCUUUCAAAAAAUGUUUCAUAAGCCAUUUCAGUAAUGUAAGAUUAAUUUCCAAAUAUCCAGUUCAAUGUGCAUUUUUUUCAAUUAAUAAAUAAAAUCU